AUGGCCUCGGGCCGUGAAAGGGAGUCAUUGAAGAAACGUGUGAAGAACCGUCUGAAGCAGCGCAUAGUGCGCGGGCGCACUGAAUCUCAUAUCCAAACGCUCGAGCAGCAUGUUCGAGACCUCACGCCACAAAAACCCGCCCACUACCGUCAGGCUGUUCUCCGGCACAACGAGCAACUCCAGUCAGAGAGUAGAGAGCUCCGUCAAGGGUUCAAGUCCGCUGUGAAUAAGAUACAGCUCUGCUGGCAACGCCAGAAAUUGCAGAUCUACCAUUGCUUCUCUCUCAACCGGCACUCACCGGGGCCCUACCAGCCGCGCAGGGCACUGGACGGCCAGCAUGAGAAUAUUGAGCAUGAGAUAGGAUUUCAAAUGGAGCGAAGGCCCAACCACAACUCUCCUAUGGGGCCAUUUCAAAAAUUAGCGCAGGCCGAACGCAAUGGGCACAGCGGUCCAGACAACUCGAACACCUCCAGCCUAAACCUACCGACCAGGGCCUAUCUACACCACCGACCGCCAUCCGACACACCAGACCGACAUGUUCACGGGGAGAUCUGGUGCAAAGAAUGGCCCAAGAGACGCUGA